AUCUUGAGGAUGGAGUAGAAGAACCCCGUUAUGACAAAGUUAUUUAAAAGUCCUCACAAAUGACAAAAUAAUUUGAUGCAAGUUGAGAUAAAUUUCCAUUUCCACAUAACUAAAAGUGGUAUCUUUCGCUUUAAAGUUUGUACAAUAUUAUAGUUUGUUGAGGUAGUUAAAUAUAAGAGCAAACAAGACCUUAUUAUAUGCACUGGCUCUGAAUGUUAUGCAGUAGCGUCACUUUCAGUCUCAUCCGCAGUCAGUACGAGUAGAGAAUUGCGACUGAUUGUGUUUCAACUUUUCACUCUGAAGAUGAAAGUAAAAUUGUUGUUUUGUUUCCUGGAACUAAUUUUGCCAGUGGCAAUCGGACAAGAUAAUGAGCCAGGUUUGCCAUCAAAUAUGCCUGCUCCGCCAAAAGAUCCCACGCCAGCAGGAGGACAGGGUCGCAGGCCUGGUGGACCGAAUGGAGUCGCAAAUGCAGCAUUGCCAGGAUCAGUUUUGCCCAAUCCGCCCCCACAAAAUGCACCUGUCGAACCACCGCCACCAGCUGCAACACUCCCACCUCCAGUGCCCUUUGGUCUGAACCACAUUAUUUUGAUCCUGGUACCCCAGUUUAAGACCAAGAUUCCUCAUCUUCCCAAGUGGAUGGGAGCAAACACCAAAGUUUCACUUCCAAUCACGAUAUUCUUUGACAAACUGAAAGUAGCUCAACCACCUCCACCGGGACCUUAUACCCCCUACUCACCAUUUUAUGGGCCUUACUACCCUGGCGGACAUUUUGUCAAGAGGCGAAGUGUUGAGAAACUGUUGGAGCAGAACAACGGGGCCUAUCCUACAGAAUCAAACAAUGACUCUGACUACAAGGAUAAUGUCCGCCGCAGUAGUUCUUCACUGCACGAAGCCACCUUCAGAGCAGAAAGAGUCACUCUUAUUCCAAAACUGGAAAACUUGUUGGGUUCAUUUGGUCUUGGGGGCAAAUCAUGCCUUCUUCGAACCAUUUGCGAAUCUCAUGAAUUUCCCCAUGAACUGCAUCACGGCUACGGUCUUUUGGGAGAAGUAUUGACAUUGUUCUUCAGCAUCAGCCGAUCCGCCUUUGCCAACAGUCAUCUCAGAGAAUAUCUAGAGGCCGAAGACGUCGGAAAGUCUGGAAAUUGUAGGAGAUAUUUCAAAGAAUGUGGACAAUCUCUAUUUUUCUGGGAAAAGAUUCAUGGAAAUGAAACGGAUCUUGAGGAGGAAGAACUAUUUUUAUUGAAUCAACUUUUUUAGACAGAUUCAUUAAUUUGGAUUUCGUAA